AUGAUAUCAUCAAGUACGAGGGCCUCACGGUCGGCCUCGCGAUAUUCGAGUCCCGCGCAGCCAAAUGGAGGACAAUUCAGUAAACCUUUGGAGGUGUCGAGGAGCUCCGCCAACGAAGGGUCGCGAUCCUUCAUGCAGCGAUGGUUGGAACCAUCUGUACAGAGCAAGCCAAGCUACGAGGAGGCUGGGUUGGCUCGCGGUGGAGUAGUGGAAAACAUGGCUCCGCUGGGAGCCCUGCCCAAGGCCAAGAAACUCUUGGGCGAGAAUGGAGUGCCUAUGCCUACCAGGAAAAUUAUACUCAAGACUUCUGGCGGUGAUUCUGCGAAGAAAGAGAAGGCGGCAGCACGCGACGUGUCGGGCAAGGAUGACGGUGAUGUGGUUGGCAUCAUGUCCCCAGCGGCGUCACCCCCGGCUUCCCCCUUAUUCCCGCCUGCACCCUCCAACAAGAGGAAGUCUCUAGCUGCCAGGGUAAAGGAUGAAGAGGAAGACGACCAGGAGUACGAUCCGAAGGGCGUUUCACGUCGCAGGCGCUCUCGCAGAGUGUCAUUGCCGGUGAAGAGAAUGAUGCCUGCAACAGCGACAACGGCGGCAAUAGCAGCAGCGGAACAGCCGCCUUCUCGGGAACGUCGGAGCUCUACAAGCAUUGUGCUGAAGCCGACGACUCCAGUUAGCCGUGUUCAGGCUCGAAGUGAACCUGAACAACGGGGAUUCACAGACAAGGUGGUGGAUGCAGCUGUGGAGGAAGCGCUCAAGCAUUAUCGAUACCCAACUGCUUGGGCCCUCAAGACUCUGUACGAAGAAAAGAGCGGCGACCAGGAUUUUGUGGCCAUGAUUCAGGAUGUUUUCAGCCAGACUGCUGACGAGGAAACAAUGGGCGAGUUUUUCCGGCUGAUGGAACAACGGAAACGUGAAGGCAAGAAGGACAAUCGAGGGUGCUACUUCUUCGUGCCCCCAGCCACAAACAGCAGAUUCACACCACACAAACCGAUAGCUGCACCGUAUGCGGACCUCAUCCACGAGCCAGAGGAGCUACCCCAGGAGAGCACGACACGAGCAGCAAAGAAGGUCAAAACCAGUCACCGAGGCGCUGGGGUUGGGACAUUGGCGGGAACGCCGCGAAGGAAAGGGGCUGGGGCUGUGAGUGCGAGUGUGAAUUUGGGUGCGACUGCGGCUGCGAGUGCUGGCAAGAACGACAAGGCGACUACGGGCAUUAUCAAGGUCAAGACACCGGCAUCGCGAAAACGGGCGCGACGGGACUCAGGGUCCAGCGACUCAUCUCUUUCCACGGCAAUCAGCAUGUCCUCUCCCGAAGUGAGGGUGAGCAGUCUCAACAGCCCGAGUGCGUUUCGAGGGGCGGGACAUGGAGCUGGGCAUGGAGUAGGAGGAGGGCCAAGAGCCACCAGCUCCCAUUCCACCGGGGCCAAGUCCAAGUCCAAGUCGCAGCUAGAGUCCACCACGGCCAUGUCCCAGACUGCGCCAAAAUCUCGGCCAAUCACCACCCGCGACAAAUCAGUCGCCUCCAGCAAACUCGUCGUGUCCAACUCAUCCCGAUCAAACUCUCCCACCCUUCACAACACAUCCCGUACACGCGCUCAUAAAUCGUCUUCUUCUUUUGUUGAUGAUGCCAGCAUGCCUGGCCGGGUCUCUGCUGCAGACCUCUUCCCCAACCUGAAUGUCAAGUCUGCAGACACGCCAGUCUCAGUCUCAGUCGCCGUCUCAGACUCAGUAGCCAAGGACGCUGAAAUCGACGUCCCAAAUCAUAUGCCAGAGGAGGAUGAGGAUUCUUUUUGGGACCGCCGACGGACUGCGCGGAGGGUUACAAACAGUUUACAUGCUCAGGAGAGUUCUAUCCGAGGUCCUGAUGCUGAUCGCGAGACCACGCCUGUUAAGAAGACCAGGCGGACGCGCCAGUCUCUUGCGGCCUCUGUUACCACAAGGGCGACUCGUUCAGCCAGCAAGCGUCCCAAUGACGAUAUAGAGAGGACAGUUUCGCCUAUUGCCUUCUCUUUGGCCGGAGAUGGCAGUUCUACCGUGGGAUCCCGUGCUGCCACGCCCACGUCCCUGCGCCCCCCCAAGAAGCAGAAGACGGGGUUACGCGUCAAAACAUCGCCGGUAAAGAAAAAGGGCGGUGCUGCGGGUGUGCCCCGGCCACCUCACGAGGCAAAUUCUUCCUCUCUGAACGGCCUCACCCCGAAGGAUCCGAAUGCGGACAAUGAUGAAUAUUGUUCGGCAUGCGGAAACACGGGCGACGUCGUGUGUUGCGAUGGCUGUCCGCGCUCGUUCCACUUUGAAUGUGUUGACAUGGUGCAAUCUGAUGAUCUCCCUGAUGAGUGGUACUGCAAUGAGUGUCUCAUUCGAAGAUACCCCUCACGCGUGCCCAUUCACAAAGGAAUUUUUGGGAGCGCUCUGAACAACCUGGAAAAGAGUAUUCCGCGCGCCUUCAGCUUGCCCAAGAGGGUGCAGAACCGCUUUGAGGGCGUCAAGGCUGGUGCUGACGGCGAUUAUGAAGAAGUCGUCAGCAACAAGCCGGCAAGAAAGCGAAAUGGCACCGAUGAACCCGACUUUUUCAAGCAGCGAGAAGAUGGACAAGCCGUCUUGUGCCAUUCUUGCCAGAAGCCAGCAACUCAGAUCAGGUCCAUCAUCCCUUGCAGCGUAUGCUCGUUUUAUUGGCACAUUGACUGUCUCGAUCCGCCGCUUGCUGUGCCACCUGUCCUCAAGACUUGGCGUUGUCCCGCUCACGUAGAUGACGUCUUGAUUGAAGUGCCCAGUCUCGCCCCAGCCCACCGCUUCCGCAAGGUCAAGGGGAAUCAAACAAUAACCCCAGCUUUUGGCCGCGGCGUCAGGAACAAUGGCCAUAUUGAGAUUGACUGGACCGAUGAGCCCGAAGAAUCUGAGGAAUCCGGCUGGCCCGACUAUCGCUCCUUUGGCCGGACCUACAAGCUUCCUGCCAAGGGUGUUGUUCUGGACUUUAUCGAACAGUUGCGGAACAAGGGCGCUGGAUAUGGUCCUCGGCAAAAUGAGUCGAAGCUGAUUCCAUACCCAACUCCGCCAUGCCAACGCGAUUCCACGAGCCCACUGCUUGGCUCUGCUUUGGAUCGCAAGGUGGGAGAGAUGCAGGUGUCUCUCAAUUUGAUAGGGCUGCAACAGCAUCGAUCAGAUGGUGUAGACCAACUCACCUCUGCCCUUCUGUCGACUGCUGACGACAAUAUGCUAUCACUCAUGGCCAAAGGCAAUGCCGAUAAUAUUGCCUCUGGCGAGCUCACCGCCACCGAUCGUCUUGGCCUCCGUGCCAUGGUCGCCCAAAUGGACGCCAUGAGCACUCGCAUCAGACAAGUAUUGGCCGAAGAUAGUUCUACGCCUGCACCUCAACCCAUCAAAGCAGAGGCCAGCUCCCCUGUAACGGAAUCCACAACAGGUCUCAAUGAUCCUCGCGCAGAGAAACUGGACCCUUCUGUCCCGGUAACUGAACCAACACCUCCCUCUACAGUCGAUCACGGCGAAGGAACCAUGGAUCUCGACUAG